AUGUCUCACAAAUACAGUUCAGACGCUGAAUCGGCAGCAUCGCAAGAAUCCGUACCGAUGGACGAAAGCGAUUCUGAGGCCGGCACCCCCGCGCCCAAGGCCAAUGGAGCAGUCGUCGAUGAGGACGACAAAUAUCCUUAUGAGGGCAUGUUCGAAAGCGCACACGAGAAGGCCGAGAUUAUGAGCAUGCGCGAGGUUGAGCGAGAGCAGAUAUUAGCCGAUCGUGCUCAAGAGAUCGACCGACAACGACAGACUCGCCUGCUUCGCCAAUUGGUUAGCGGCGACAAGAAGCGCAAGGCAAGCGACGCAGACCCUGACGGAGAGCAGCGCAAGACUUCGCGACAACGCACCAAGCUUGGCGGUUCAAAGGUGGGCGAGACAAGCGCCGGUAUCGAAUCACUGCGACGCGCCAGAGCUGAGAAGAGUGAACGACAACGUCGUCUAGCCGACGACCGCGAGCGCAACAAGAAGUCGGUCGCCAUCUCUCAGGACAGCCCAGAUCGCGGCUACGACGACGGAAGCGAUGUCGAAUGGGGCGAUUCCAAGAGACGCCGGUCCAGGACUCGCACGCCUGAGAUCAAGGAAAUCCCGCUUGCAGAUCUGCAUGAUAUCAAGCGGGUGAGGCUCGGUCGGAGUCGCUUUGCCCAGAUAUGCUUCUUUCCAGGCUUUGGAGAUGCCAUCACCGGCUGCUUCACUCGAAUUUCCAUUGGUCCUGAUCCACGAGCCGAAAACGGACACAAUCAGUACCGCAUGGCAGUCAUCAAGCGCUUUGCGACUGGCAAGCCAUAUGCCAUGGAGAAAGCCAAUGGACAGACUUUCGUGACGGACCAAUAUGUCGUGGCUGCUCACGGUAAGGCGGAACGAGAAUGGCCUUUCAUCGCUUGCUCCGACAGUGAUUUCACAGAGGGCGAAUUUCACCGCUACAAAGCAACACUUCAACAUGAAGGGUUGAGCCUCCCUAAGCGGCCGAGUUUGGUUGCGAAAAUUGAUGACAUCAACAAUCUCAUCAACCGCAAAUGGAGCGACCAUGAGUUGAACGAGAAGCUUCAGCGUGAGCGUGAAAUGCGUAAGAAGUAUGCGCCGGACGAGCGCGAUCGCCUUGCAAAGGCCUUGGACGACGCUCGGGCACGUGGCGACGAUGCCAAAGCGACCGAACUACAAGAUCAACUCGACUCCUUAGAAACACCACGACUCGCCUGGAAGACUAGCUUAUCAUCAUCAUCAUCCGCCAAGAAGUCCUCGACGCCGAACGCCAACUUGUCACAGCAGGAGCGUCUUGCUCAAUUGAAUAUUGAGAACAGACGUCGCAAUGCCGAGGCUGUUCGAAAAGCACAACUCAAGGAGAGAUCGAAGACGCGUGACAUCGAAGCUCGUCUAGCCCGUGGCGAGCAAGUCGAUGAGGACACUUCCAGGAGGUUACGGACUCAACCCAAGUUCCUCCGAGAUGAGAAUGCCCCAGCAAAUAGCCCUAAGAGCACACCGAAAGGCAGCGGGGCUGCAACGCCCACCAAUGGCACGCCAGCUGCCGUCCCUCCUCAUAUCGCCAAGCUGCAACAGCAGAGUUCUACGGGGGCUGAUAAAAAUGGCAUCCCGCAGAUCCACCGGCCGCUGAUGGACGAUGAUAUCAUAGGGUCGCUGGAUUUGGACAUUGAUGUUGAUAUUGACUAA